AUGGAAAUGAGAACAACAUCAAUUAGCAAUAAUGAAGACGAUUCUCGGAAUCGACUACAAGUUCCCAUGUCGCGACCCCUGCUGCUCGACACAGCCGGCCAUUCUCGGCCGUCAUCGCCAUAUGCAUUGGAUCAUUCACCAGCUUUGAGCGGAAAAAUUAAAGUUCCCCGAAAGUAUUACUCACAAGAAGAUCCACUGAAGACGAUGGAGACGCCAAUGUUCGACAAGUACGAGCAAGAACAUCGCAAGAAAGGUCCCUCAUCGGCGGCAACAGUUCUUGCCAUGUCAGGCCUUUUUGUUGUUGGUACCACCUUGAUUCUCAGCGGGAUAAUCGUCCUGAUUGUGCAACCCGAACCCGCAUUCGUCAUCACAGGAUGCCUAUUCCUCGGUAUCGGCGUUGCCAUGCUUCUUGUGUGUGUCAUUUUGCAACGCAAAAAUCUUGUCAAAUUCGUUUUGGACUUGAAUCGCGACCUAUACUUCCUUAAUAUGAGCAAUUCGUACAUGUGGAAAAUGAUGUUCGAAAUGAGAUCCGAACUUCCAUUAUCUGAAGAUUGA